CAAGUCCUUUGGCCCUAUAUGGGAAAGCAAGGGGCUGCACGGCAAGCUGGUAAUUCAAUUCGCAGAAAACUAAUAUUAGAUUUGUCGAGAAGAUUGUAGAAUAGAAGGUCGGCAUCACUCGUUGGGAUACGCGUUUGCUUGGGCUCUAUAGUUAAUCAUAUUCGGAGGCAGGAGGUAAUCUAUUUGGAUUUCGAUUUGGAUCCAUGGCUCUCAAUCCUCAAUUGUUUAACAAUGGGAUGCCGGUGCCCUUCGUCAACGAGUUUUUCGUCCUCAAUAGAGAUGGCGUUGAGUUUAAUGUCGAUAAGAUUCCCGGAGCUCAUGGAGGCAAUGUAAAGGCGAAGGGGAUAAUUUACUUGUCAAAUGUUCGCAUGGUCUUUGUUGCCACUAAACCUGUUGGAAACUUUGUUGCUUUUGAUAUGCCCCUGCUCUACGUCCAUGGUGAGAAAUUUAACCAGCCAAUAUUUUACUGCAACAAUAUUUCUGGUCUCGUGGAGCCUGUGGUCCCUGAAAAUGAGCAUAGGGCUCUGUACUCCACCCACUCUUUCAAAAUUUUGUUUAAGGAAGGGGGUUGUGGUACCUUUGUUCCCCUUUUUUUCAACUUGAUUUCAUCAGUUAGACAGUAUAAUCAACAAAUAAAUAUGGCAGCAGAACCUCGUGUAGAUCCUUUACAAGCUGCACAAACUCCUGUUGAGGAAAUGAUGAGACAUGCAUAUGUUGAUCCAAAUGAUCCAACAAGAAUCUUUUUGCAGCAGCCCACCCCGGAUUCUCAACUUAGACGCCGCACCUACCAGUCUCGCCCAGCUGAAAACUCAAUCUGAUUUUUAUCUUACAAUUGCAGAAUGUGAUACUGCUUUCCAGUGAAUUAAGUCAUGUAACUACGUUGUGUCAUUCCAGUACAUAAUAAACAUAUAUGGGUGUUGUAUUGCAAUAAAUAUCUGCUUUCUAAGUAA